AUGCUUCUACUACGUCCGACUUCCUUCCAUACUGCUCCCCGCAACGUGUUUCGUCGUCUCAUGUCCUACAACUACAUCCUCGUCGCGAAACCGGAGCCCUCAGUCUCCCUAAUCACGCUCAACCGGCCCAAAGCUCUGAACGCGCUUUCGUCUCCGUUAUUUGAAGAAUUGAACAAAGCUCUGAAAGACGCAGAUGACGACGACGCAAUCGGCGCCAUCGUGUUGACCGGCUCUGAAAAGGCUUUUGCUGCUGGAGCGGACAUCAAGGAGAUGCAAAACAAAACUUACGCCGACGCGUUCAAAACACGCUUUCUUGGGGACUGGGCACAACUAUUUACCAUUCGGAAACCUAUUAUCGCUGCAGUUAGCGGUUACGCUUUGGGUGGGGGUUGUGAGCUUGCGCUCAUGUGUGACAUUAUCCUUGCGUCGCCGACAGCCAAGUUUGGUCAGCCCGAGAUAAAUCUUGGUGUUAUUCCCGGAGGCGGAGGCUCUCAGCGCCUUGCCCAUGUCAUCGGAAAGUCACGCACUAUGGAGUUGGUGUUGACUGGUCGCAAUAUCUCAGCUCAAGAGGCAGCGGCUUGGGGAAUGGUGAGCCGUGUUGUAGGCGAAGGAGAGGGCGAAGUUGUCCGAGAAGCUGUUGAGAUGGCGAAGGUUAUUUCGAGCAAGAGCCAGAUCGCAAUACAAGCUGCCAAAGAGGUCGUCAAUGCCGCUUAUGAGCUCAACCUUGCUGAAGGACUUCGCUUCGAACGCCGUAUUUUCCACGGAUCUUGGGACCAUGUCUUCGCCGAACUCAAAAGCUCUCCGCCCUCUAUUCCUGCUCUCCCGGGUGUCGGACCGCGGCGCCCGCGUCGACAAACAAUGACAGCACAAGAAAUGACCGCCUUCAAUGAAAUUUUCAAUCUUAUUUUCGAGUCUAUGGAGUCCAAGUCCGCAACCCCUUCUCCUGCAGUCGACUUGGCGGGCGAGGGAAUGGGAGACUUGUUCAGCACACUCCGAAAGCACUCCAAGCGCAUCAAGUGGACAGCGGUUUCUGAAGAGGCGCUCGACCUGAAGCGGGACGAAAUGGAUCGCUGCGGGUCAGAUCAAGAAUUGCUGGAAUGGGCUUUGCGUCGCGUCUUUGGCGAGUCACAACAGUACGAGAAAGCAUUCAUGGAAGCCAAAGCUGCAGAUGAUGGGACUGAGCUCCCGAUGCUCCAACCACCAACAUAUCCACAUUUUGUCGCCCUCCUCAUCCGUACAUUCCGUGACAAAUAUCGAGACCCGCAUUUGGCCCUGUCGAUAUUCGACUACGCUCGUCAUCUUUCCAUUGCCUCUUAUGUUUUUGGAUGCUCGACAAAAGCUUAUAAUGAACUCAUCCAAACUCGAUGGGAUUACUUUCGGGACUUGAGAGGUGUACACGCUGCUUUGGAGGAAAUGCACUUGAACAGUGUCGAUAUCGAUUCAAGGACGCGACAACUGGCUGAGAAGGUUAGGAAAGAUGUUGGUCAGCAGAAUCUCUGGGUAGAGGAGAACGAAGUUGGUCUAAAUGGUGUAUGGGAUAUGCUGCAUAACAUCGAGCAAUUGGCUCACGAUGCGACAACAAACCGACCUGUUCGUCACGUUGGGCCGUGGAACAGGUGGAAGGCGCCGGAGGGAGACAGCGAUAUGAAUUGGCAGUUCGAUAAAUGGUAA